AUGGAAACACAGAGUCAUCAACCACUGCAGAAUCCACAAGAAAUUGAAAAACACAACACUUAUGAAGAAGAAGAAAAAGAGGUAAAACUAAAUAUUUUAUUGGAUCUGAAUGUUUCUAACAACUAUUGUGAGUCCAAUCUAGUCACCACAGAUGAUUCUUCUAAAACUUCUUCAGAUAAUUACACCCGCGGCUUUGAAUCAGAGCCGCGGUUUUUCUCUUGCAACUUCUGCAAGAGAAAAUUCUAUAGUUCACAAGCACUAGGAGGACACCAAAACGCUCACAAGAGGGAAAGGUCUGUUGCAAAAAGAGGACACAAGUUUAUAAGAACACACAUGAUGCUGUCACCAACAGGAACAACCUCAUUUUUUCAGAAUCAUUUUCACCAAAAGUAUGCAGAUAUGGCAUCUCUACUACCACUUCAUGGAGGUGCUAAUAGCAAUACUCUUAGACCACUUGGAAUUAAGUCUCAUUCAAUGAUUCAGAAGCCUUUUCAUAACUUUUCAUCCUAUGGAUUUGGAAGCACUUAUUAUGGAUAUAAUGGUUGGUCAAGAGCACUUAUUAUGAAUCAACAACCUGGUAUAGGAAAGUUAACUUUGGAAACUUUCAAGGAAACGGGAUUAUCAUCACAUGGAAGUGUUGGGAGAUUCAAAGGGGUUGAAGAGGACAUGGUGAAUCAAGGAACUCAUUUGAAUUUGAAGAGUAAUCAAGAAGAGGUGAAGAACCUUGACUUAUCCUUAAAACUCUAA